UCUGAGAUAGACAGGAGGAAAUCCAGGCAGGAGGAGGAAGGGGACAUAAAGGGAGGAAGAAAAGGGGGGGCAGGAGAAAAAAUACAAGGGGACCCAGAUUAAGAGGGAAGAUGGCUGAGCCAGAGCUGAAAUCACGGAGCAGUCGGGAGAGCGUUGCUAAGGUGGAGAGCCAGGAGAAGAUGGGGGCUGCUGAAGCAGACGCAGACCAAGAUGACCAGAUUGUGGAGCAGCCAGUGUCUCCAUCCACCCCCAUGGUUCCUAAUCCCACUGCCACUAGCCACACUAACGACUCACCGGCCAAAGGGGAGAAGAUCAAGCUUAAACGCAGCAUCACCCUUUUCAACGGUGUGGGAAUGAUCAUAGGCACCAUCAUUGGUUCAGGCAUUUUCGUCACUCCAACAGGUGUGGUCAAAGAGACCGGCUCAGCCGGGCUUUCUCUGAUCAUCUGGGCUGCCUGCGGAGUGGUCUCUACUAUGGGUGCCCUGUGCUAUGCAGAGCUGGGCACAACUAUUGCUAAGUCAGGGGGAGACUACACUUACAUCUUGGAGGUGUACGGUGAACUGAUGGCCUUUCUGAAGCUGUGGGUGGAGAUGCUCAUCAUUCGACCGUCAUCACAAUAUGUGGUGUCACUGGUGUUUGCAACCUACCUUCUGAAACCUCUCUACCCAAACUGUGCGGUGCCUGAUAGUGCUGCCAAGCUCAUCGCCUGCCUAUGUCUAACCUCCCUGACCUUUAUAAACUGUAUCAGUGUGAGAGCAGCCACUAAGGUCCAGGACCUGUUCACAGCUUCUAAGUUGCUAGCUUUGAUCAUCAUCAUCCUCUUUGGCUUCAUUCAGAUUUCCACAGGUGACGUGCCUUACCUGGCCCCAGAAAAGGCAUUUGAAGGCAGCAAAAUGGGAGUCGACCACAUUGUCUUGGCUCUGUACAGUGGCCUCUUUGCUUUUGGAGGCUGGAAUUACCUGAAUUAUGUAACUGAGGAGAUGAUCAAUCCAGAGAGGAACCUGCCCUUGUCUAUCAUCAUAUCCAUGCCUAUAGUGACGGUGGUUUACGUUCUGACCAACUUGGCUUACUUCACUACCAUCUCUCCUGAAGAAAUGGUUGAGUCUGAGGCUGUUGCUGUGAGUUUUGGCGAGUACCAUCUUGGUGUGAUGUCCUGGCUGAUUCCUGUCUUUGUGGGACUGUCCUGCUUCGGAGCUGUCAAUGGAUCCCUCUUCACCUCAGCACGGUUGUUCUAUGCUGGAGCUCGAGAGGGGCAGCUCCCUGCUGCUCUGGGACUGGUCCACACAGACUUGUUCACACCAGUGCCAUCGCUCAUCUUCACAUGUUUUCUGUCCAUGAUGUACGCCAUCUCCCAGGACAUCUUCUCUGUCAUCAAUCUCUUCAGCUUCUUCACCUGGCUAUGUGUUGGUUUGGCUAUUGCUGGCCUGCUCUGGCUGCGCUUUACCAAGCCCGACCUCAGAAGGCCUAUUAAGGUGUAUCUCUUCAUCCCUGUGACCUUCGUUUUGGGUUGUGUCUUCAUGAUCGCUGUGUCCUUCUGGGCAGCUCCUUUUGAGUGCCUGGUGGGUAGCAGCAUCAUUCUUACAGGCAUCCCGGCAUACCUACUGGGCUACAAGUGGAAGAAACCCCAUGUGAUCAGGAAAAUGCUGGAAAUCUUCACCAUGUUCUGUCAGAAGAUCCUAAUGGCUGUUCCUGAGGAGAAGGAGCAACAUGAGGCAGCAGACUAAUGCUGGAAAGACUGAAUGACACUGGCAGUUUUGGAACAGGAGGGAUUAUGUGAAUGUAUUCUCUUGUGUACAAAGUAAGUAGGCAUAUUUUAUAAAAACUACAAAGUGUAAAAUGUCAAAACGUCUUAUUUAAUAUUUGACAUUUAAACAUUUUACACCACUUUUACUCAGUUUAUUUCACUGUUGUACCUCCUUUAAUGUUAAAACUUGGUUAUAUGUUACAUGUUACGUAAUGGAGACUCGUGCUUUGGUCUUAAUGUGAGUAAAUGUCGCAGGCACAUAACUGAUUCUACAAACACAGCAUCAAAAGGCUGGAUACAAUGUGCUCUAGUGGCCUAAAACAUCAAGUCUGUCGCUCACCUAAAGUGUACAAAUGAGUAGCUUAACAAGACAAGAACAAUCAUUUAGCCUUUCUUUACAUUUACUAAUUACUAACAACCAAACAACACAUGGUUUAACAUUUUAUAGAAAAUGAGUUAAAAUGAUUAUUCAAACACUGAUUACAUUCCACUAAUACAUAACUAAUAUUUGUUUUAAAUUGCAAUUACUUUCAAUAUUUGCAUUUUUUGUAUUUAUUUGUGAAACGCAUCCAUAGCACUAUCUAAAAGCACAACUCUAAAUAAGAUAAAACUGUGUGUGUGUAAUGUUUCCUUAAGAUGUGCUGCUGUGAAGCCGGUCUAUCUAGUUCCUGUAUCUUUUUAUUAAUCUAUCAAACCAUGUUAGUGUCAGCGCUCUAUAAUAGAUGAUAUUUAAUCACAUGACAGUGGAUACCAGCACCUGUUUGUGAAAUGUUAUUAUAAAAACUGAAGACCUGUGUAGAUGUCAUUCUAGUCAUUGCAUUUAGGAAAUUUCAUUGUAGUGUUUUAUAAUAUGAUCUGUGCCAGUGCUGAUAAUCAGUUUUUUUCAUCAUCACUGUAAGACUAAAAUGAAUGCUGCAAAUUUAUUGACAUCAUCUUCACCUUUAGUUUUUUGUUAAAUAGGAAAUGUACCUAUAAAAAUAUUUUUUUUUACUGAAUAUCUGAAGUUUUUCAAGCACAAACUCAGGCCAUUCAGAAUCCCAGUGGAGGAAGGUCUUUGUGGAUAAUGAAGAUAGGCUGUGACUUGGGUGGGUUUGGGAAAAGUUUCUGGAUUUUCAACAGAACAGAGAGACUGUACUCACAAAGAACAUUCAUCGGCUAGUGGACCGACAGACUCCGCUCGUUUCACAGAGAGUUCAGGUUUUAAAUUAAUUGAAUGCAUACUGGGUGUAGAUACGAAACAGAAAGAGACUUUUUCCAGCUAGCUUGACAGCAUUCUCUUAGUAUGAAAUGAAAUGUGGGCCUUCUAUCUUGAAGCACUCAUCCUACAUUAUUUGUUCACAGAAACUGAACCAGGGAAUCACAACAAAUUGGACAAUGUUAACUCAAAGUUUAGAAACACCAUGAGGGAGGUAGAUCCCAGGGGCAGCAUCACCCCAUAGCAUUUUAUGUUCAUAGCUAAUUUUAAGAAAACAAAGUUCAUAUGAAGACUUAUUACAAAUAUUAUAACAUAAAGCACAAUUUCCUCUACAUGAGUUUUAAAUCUUUAACAGUCACAUAGUUGUGAGCACAACAAACAGCACAGUCGAAGAGAGGAUAGUGUCCGGUAUGUGCCCUUUACUUAACAAAUUUGACUAAAUUAAAGAGCAGGUGAGUCUAAAAACACACAGUAUAUCACUGAUUGCUACUUUAAAGGUGAAUAGCUUCUUCAAUCAUAUGUUUUAUGUUAUGCACAACAUCCUGUAAAAAGUAUCACUGCAGGCUAAUGUAUGAAUUGAUAAUGCCAUUAAUGGCAUUUGCCUAAUGAAAUGUUAGAGGAAAAAAAAUCUUACAGCAUAUUUUUAAUCGUAAAAAUGAAAAGUACCUAUGUCAGUUAUAUUGUAACUGUCAGUGACUAUGGCAGAAACAUGUUACAAUAAAAGUAUUUUU